CUCGCACCCCCUCCAACGUUGCAAGUGUCCCUAAAGGAAUUCCUGCAUGUCUGCUGCGGACGACCUUUACGGAGCCAGCUAUUAAAUGAAUACGAUCCAGAAACCCUGCCGGUCGCUCCAGUCACCCCGGUGCACCGAUGGGAACGGGUCAUCGUCGAACAGGAGGAAGGAAAUCCAGGACUGGAUGCCGUUCCUGCCGUGCUCGCCACAUUAAAUGCGAUGAAGCCCCUGAGAGGUGUCGAAAUUGCACCGCAACCGGUCGUGUUUGUGAUGGAUAUGAUGUACAUCGGCUGCCUCUCGCCAAGAAAGCCGGGGUGGAUGCCACCCGUCCAGCGAUGACCCUCGUGAUGGCUCAGAGGCCGACCUGGCCAAUGACCUCGGACGAGCGACGAUGUUUAGCGUACUUCCAGCACCGCACCGUUCCCAUGAUCCUCGAGUUCUACGACUCAUCGCUCUGGCGCGAACUGGUUCUCUGGAUGAGCCAGUCCGAGCCAGUCGUGUACCAUGCAGUGAUCGCUCUGAGCGCGGUCCAUCAGGACAUGGAGAGGAGAGGGAUGCCAUUGUUGAUCCAAGAAGCGUAUAAUAUUUGGAAUUCCUUCGCCCUGGAGCAAUUAGGUCGGGCGUUUUCCUGUUUGAUCAAGCGCCGUAUGUCACACGAUCCGCGCCUGCGAGAUGUCAUCCUGACCUGCUGCUUGCUCUUCAUUAUGCUGGACCUGCUCCGGGGACGGUACGACGAUGCCUUUCGGCACCUGAAAAGUGGUCUGCGAAUCUUAAAGGAGUCCACGGCUCCAAAGGCUCCCAUCUCCCGGGUACCCCGGGAGGAGGCCAUCGAACCGUGUUUAGUCGAGACCUUUUACCACCUCGGGAUUCAGUCCACACUCUUUGGGGUGGAGACGUCCCGCCUGCCGAUCGAUGAUGAGUCAAAGCCGGGCGGGGGCGGCAGUGUAGCAUUCGAUAGCCUCGAACAGGCCCGUCAAGCCUUCAAUGCCCCUCUUAGAGCGGUGUAUCAAUUUACCGGACCCUGCAUGGGUCUGUCGGCUGUAGAGAUCGCAUCCCACUAUGAAACCCUACAGUUAAAACAGCUGGCGGCGUGGUCAAGCCUCAGCCAGUACAUGGACUCAUUCGAUCUCUUUUACCGCCGCGCAUCUUCGGCUCUUCGUCCCAAAGAACAAAGAGGCGCCGACAUGCUCUAUUUACAGCAGCUGGGCUUGGCCGUCUCACUAAAGACCUGCCUCCUGGGCGGAAAUACACCUGCAUAUGAACAUUAUACAUCGGACUAUCGGAAAAUAGUUGUACUCGCGGAACGAAUCGUGAAGAGCUUUCCCCAGCCUCCAGCCGUUAGCAUCAACAAUGGCGUCAUUCCCACCCUCUAUCGCACAGCCAUGGUCUGCCGUGAUUAUACGAUCCGCUGGCGCGCGAUUGAGCUUCUCCAGACUUGGCCUCAUCGGGAAGGGCCCUUUGACUCGAACUGGUUCCUCUAUGUCGCUUUGGAGACGAUGAAAGCCGAGCUAUUGACUCAAUACAAAUCACAGGAGAACAAACAUCCUCCGGGCGUUAUAUUAACCGAUUCGCGUGGAGAGGAGCUAUCAUGGAAUAAGGUCCUUGUAAAGAUUGUCGAGAACCAGCGACACACGGCACGAGCAAUGGGAAAGGGACUGGACGACGGCACGAGCUCUCCACUAGAGCUCGCCGGUGCAGUAAAAUGCAUGACAGGCUGGGCCUGUGUCCGAGGAUUCAAGGCUGUGGUCAGAAAGUAUAACUGGCGGAAAGACUCCGCGGGCUGUUGAUCGUACGCUAUUUUCUCUUCUUUAUUUUUUUUUCGGGUUAAUGCGGUAAUUAGUAUAACUGCGAUUAUACGUGCAUGUAAUGAUAAAGUGAUUGCCCUGGAUAAGUUUACUAAUCCGAGAACCAUAUCGUAAACUAUAUGAGCGACUUCAGCGUUCGUGCCUAUCCAAUCAAAUACCCUCUUCACUCCUGGUAACUCAUGGGCUACGAUACUCCAGGCGUGUUUGUUUCAUUUGUCUUGGAAGUGUAGCUAAAAAUGAGUGAUCCAAGGGGAAAGAGGGUGUCAGCAUGAAUUUUCUUGGCGGUGCCAAGAAUAGAAUUUAUAUCCCUCUCUCUAGCAGUGGCUUGGGGUUAGAUUUUCGGGAAAUUCGAUCAACUCUAGAUAUACAUUCUUUAUACAAUACGUCGUGGAGUGCAGCUAAGAAAAGGGGAGAAAUUUGAACUUUCUGUGUCGAUUUUGAGUCAACAAUUGACAUGUUUGGGCUCUUGAGAGAGAGAUAUAUAUAGUUGUAUCUUGCACGACACAAGCUGG